ACUAUCAGCUGUAGAUUGGAAAGCAAUCCAAUUACAACAAGUAGUGGCAUAGCCUACUGUAGCUAAUCAAAUUAACCCAUUGGGAUAUUUCCUAAAUCAAUUGUCUAUUCCAAUAUUAGAAUUGUUAUAAGUUACUUACAUGGUAAGACAGCAGGAUUGAAGAUUAUUUUCACUUAUGGAGAGCUGAGUUAGGGAAUCAGUUUGUUUAUUUGUCAGCUAGCUGCUAGUCAGCGAACGUUAGCAAGCACUGUUAGCUCUAUCCUAAUGGCAGGUGUCCUAGUGCAAGUUUACACAAUUUGAAGUUUGUUCAGUGUCAACUAUGUUUAGAAACAAGACAGCGUGGUUUUCCAAUAGUGUCAAGAGAGGAAUUCGUAGUGUUUGGGUUCGUGAAGGAGGGCAUAUUGUUGCUUGGAGGAGAGCAUCUUACCUGUUCAGUGAUGAUGCCUCCUGCCCCGACACCCACAGGAUAUUUUUGAGCAGAGAGUAUUUGGAAGGUGAACUGACUGUUUUCCACAGUUCUUUCAUCACUGUGUGUGAUGUGCGUCAGAGUGUGAAGUCCGUGCCCAUCGGACACUAUGUCCUUCCACCAGUGCCUGUGCAGCAAGAGGUCAAAGCAAAGAUUGGUAGAUUCAUAUGGGAGCAAGAAGACCUCACAGAGGAGACUGAGGUGCAGGAGAGUCAGAGAAGAGGCCAUGGAGAUAGUGCAGCUUCUAAGCAACGGGGUGAAAGCAGUGUGGACGAGGUCCUCACGAGUCUGGAUGAGCUGCUGACGGCGUCGGGUCGGGAGGACGCCGCGUGCUGUGAGGUGCAGCAUUACCCCGUCAACAACAUGGUCUCAGGAUAUGUGGCGCUAGACCAGCUGAAGAGGUACAACGGGGAGCUGCAUGACUUCCUUCCUGGUCAGGGGGGCUACUCCGUCAGCGUGCGCCGCAAGAGAUGUCCUCUCACAGCCGGGCAGCUACAGGACAGGGCCAAGAAGUAGCAUCGCCUCCUCCUAGAGAGUCUCUCCCAGCGGGGCAGCCACAACACAGGGCCAAGAAGUAGCAUUGCCUCCUCCUAGAGAGCCUCUCACACACUCUGACAAGGUGUGAGCUUUCUGACCUAAUCUGCUGUGGACAAGGUUUUAGCACCUGCAGUUGGUACACAUACUGUAGCCUAUCUGCAUAUCUACUUGGUGUGGUUGUAAUGACCGAUCUCCUACGCAUAUGUUAUUACUGGAUCGGUUUAUUUUCAGCAUGGUCUGAUUCAGAUGUUUUAAACUUAAAUAAAUAAAUGAGUUCCGACACCUGGUUUUG